GUUUGUAUAGUAUUAUAUACUGUGAGACAUGUGUUGAUAGUUCUAUCUAUAUUCUGUUAUGCAGUUCUCCACCAUGGUUCAUAUCAGUUUAUGUUGCCUACCCAUGAUCGUAUAUUGUUUGUUUUUCUAUGUUUUAUUGUGCCGUUUCCCGUCAUUCUUGACUGAAACUGUGGUUUAAUUAGAUUUUUUGGGGAGUAUUAAUUGUUUUGUGCUGUUUACCUAUGAUCGUGUAUUGUUUGUUUUAUCUGCGUUUUAUUGUGCAGUUUUCCAUCAUUGCUGACUGAAUCUGUGGUUUAAUUGAUUAUAAAUACUGAUAAUGGCGAGAUAUUUUACUGUUCAACUGACUGUAUUAACCGUGCUGGUUACCAAUAGUUACGGAAAGAUAGAUUAUUUUGGUAACACUGCAUGUAGCGGCGUCAACUCACGCUGUCCAUAUCACAAUCUACGUUGUAAUAACAACGAAGGAUUGGUAAUAACGAGAGCAAAAUAUGGCUAUGUUGAACUACAAUCACGCCGGAAGACAUGUUGUCGGUACAACAAGUCGGACUGUUUAGUCGACUUUACUGCUAGUGAUAUGUCGGAUAUAUAUAAAUGCAGUGGAUUGUCAGGAUGUCCCAUUCCGUCACCAACAAGAGGUGUGGCUAGUCAUUGUAAUGAUAAUAAGAACUACGCGUAUUCCUGGAUUGAACACGGAUGCAGCAAUGCAUCAGUAAUUAUUAAUCUUAGUGAUAGUACCAUACAAGAGAAAAACAAAAAUCAGGUUAUUAUCAAUUAUGAUAAAUAUAAAAAUGGUAAGAACAUUGGAGCAGAUGGGGUUGAUAAAACAGAUCCAGAUGAAGGAGAACUUGGUGUAGGAUGCCUCUGUAAAGUUUCAUUUGAAACUUACAUAUUUUUGUAUCAAACUAACGAUGGUCGUCAACCUAUAAAUGUGGGUGAUUAUACAGCUAAGUCAGACACGUGGUACAAAAUAGAUGAUGAAAUAGAUGAAAUAAUAUUACCAAAACAUAACGUCAACAUCACACUAAGAGCCAAAAAUGAAUACCGGAAGAUCCAAACAGUUUUAUGUGGUUGUUAUGAUAGUAAUGGAAUUGAUGUAGACGAUACAAAACGUGAAUAUUUAAAGGAAGCGAAUCAAACCGAAGUUGAGAAUUUCUUUAUACCACAAGAAGAUAUUGGUAGCGGUAAGAACAGUGAAGAAGGCGGAAAUGAUAAGACGGUGUUUAUAGUAGGAAUAGUACUAGGAAGUCUAUGUUUGAUUAUUGUCAUCAUCACUAUAACCAUUAUUCUCAUAAGGACGUGGAAAAGAAAGAAAACUAAUACUGGUAUGAAAACAUCUACGCCCGUGUCCGAUCCAUCAUCUGUUCACGAUCAGCAUUACUAUCACUACGUAGAGCCCAAUCAUGUGGGCAUUAUCGGUGAAGUUGUAACCGGACGACAGGCAGAUAACUACAACCAUAUCGGAGAUAUUAAAACCAGCAACCAUGGAGAUACUUACAACCAUAUUGGUUAUAUAAAAACCGACAGCCAGGCAAAUACUUACAACCAUAUUGGUGAUAUGAACACGAGUAACCCAGGAGUUAUCGGGUAUAUUAAAACCGGCGACCAGCUAGAUACUUACAACCAUAUCGGUGAUAUUAAAACGAGCAACCCAGGAGAUACUUACAACCAUAUCGGUGAUUUUAAAACCACCGCCCCGACAGAUACCAGCAACUACAACCAUAUCGCGGAUAUUAAAAUCACCAACCAGGCAGAUACCAGCAACUACAACCAUAUUGGUGAUGUUAAAACCAGCAGCCAGGCAGAUUCCAGCAACUACAGCCAUAUCGGGGAUAUUAAAAUCACCAACCAGGCAGAUACCAGCAAUUACGACCAUAUUGGGGAUAAUAAAACCACCAACCAGUAGCCACCACCAGACUUCUCCCUUGGUUGUUCCUACACCCUUAUAAACCUGUAACGGUAAAUCUUUUUGAUCUUUGGGGUAUAUUCUAUGCCCAGAAUAACUUGCGGUCUGAAAGUCAGGGGAGGUUUUGGAUAUAUACAGGGAAAUUUGGGUUUAUUCUUUUGAAAGUUGUUCUUUAAACGUGUAGCGGUUCAUUCUUCCCUGGUAGUUUUUUUCCAUAAGAAAACAUGAAAGAAGGUUUUUCUUACGGGAAUUCUGGGAUAUUCUCAUUUUGCGUACAUGUAAACAUAAACGGUUUAUAAGCAAAAUAAAGUCCUCGACUUCGGUUAUGCUGGGAAAGAAAGACUUCAGAAAAGACCCUCGACAGAAAAACCUCGGCAUGUCGGCCUCGGGGGUUCCUUUUUCUCGGGUUGUUUUCUUCAGUCUGUCUUUCCACAGCAUCAGCUCAGUCGCGUGCUUUAUCCUACAGCUCCUAAUAUUCACUCGUAUCUCAUGGUACUUGUACUUCUGACUUUUGAUUCUGAUUUCCCUUUUGAUCGACAAUAUCGUGUUAUAUUUACUUAAUUAGAGGAGAUGAACUCCCUUUGAUUUGGGUCAAAUUACCUUAAGUUGAUAUUGAGUGCUGUAUCGAAUAUUAAUAAUUCAUUGUUUCUAGAUCAGAUUACCGAUGUUCUAGAGCAGAGUGACCAAACUCAUUUCGAUUCAAGGGCCAAAUGAACUAAAAUGUUACAUCAAGGCGGCCGGAUGUAAAGAUAAAUAUUGAUAUAUUUCAUUAAAAUCGUUACUUAUUAUAAUGCAAUACAACAUUUUGAAAUAAACCAAAUUAGCCAUUUUUUAUAUCUUACACUGAAUUCUUUUAAAAACAACCACAAGAACAUUGUUAACAUUCAGCAACAGAUUGAAUAUACUUAUAUAAUUCUAAGAAUUAUCGUAAGUCAGUUUGUUGAAAUUUGUUCCACGGGCUACAUUUAAACCCUUGGCGGGCCGAAUUUGGCAUCCUUGAUCUAGAGUUGUUGUUAUUGUUCUUAGUGUUUAACGUCCGCUUCCACCGAAGGGGAUAUCGCAGACAAGUUGUCUUUCGUUGUUUUCAUUAUAUUAGCGUACGCGCAGGGGUCUUUCCUGUGGAAGGAAACCGGAUUACCCGUAGUAAACUGACGAGGUUGAGAAGGCGCCCCUAUCUCCAAGCCACAUACGCUCAGAGAUCGAGGCCACAACCGCAAGCCAGAGGUUACCGGCCAGCUAGAGGUCAAAGCGUGACACUGUAGACUACUAGCCCCCCCCCCUCCCCGGGCUAGAGAGUAUGUUAUGGGCUUAUAUAACAUUUGAAUCCAAAGAUCAGAUUUAGUUCUCAUAUAAUGCAUCUUUAAGCGAAAGUCAGUUCUCACAUAAUGCAUCUUUAAGUGAAAGUUAGUUCUCACAUAAUGCAUCUUUAAGCGAAAGUCAGUUCUCACAUAAUGCAUCUUUAAGCGAAAGUUAGUUCUCACAUAAUACAUCUUUAAGCGAAAGUUAGUUCUCACAUAAUGCAUCUUUAAGCGAAAGUUAGUUCUCACAUAAUGCAUCUUUAAGCGAAAGUUAGUUCUCACAUAAUGCAUCUUUAAGCGAAAGUCAGUUCUCACAUAAUGCAUCUUUAAGCGAAAGUUAGUUCUCACAUAAUGCAUCUUUAAGCGAAAGUCAGUUCUCACAUAAUGCAUCUUUAAGCGAAAGUUAGUUCUCACAUAAUGCAUCUUUAAGCGAAAGUUAGUUCUCACAUAAUGCAUCUUUAAGCGAAAGUCACCGUAUUGAUUAACUUUGUUUUGGCAAACUGGGUGGACAGUGGAAUACAAAAUCGCAACACCGAAACAUGUCAACAUGUAAAAUCCAGUGAAAUCAACAAGUUUAGUUUUGACCCAAAUCGAAGAGAUAAUAUCAUUUUAUGAACAUUAUGUAUCAUGUUUUAGUUUACAAAGGCAUACAAAUUCGAACCUUUGGCAUAUUUCAUUGAAAGUAUUGUAUUUAAGGACAAUAAGUAUUUUUAGCUAUUUGAGAUGUUGAAGUUAGUCUGUUUAAAAAUUGAAUGUUAUUUUGAGCUAUGUUGAUAUUUUUUUAGCUAUGUUGAGUUAUUGUAUUUGCAGAAUAUGUUCAGUUAUUUUUAGCUAUGUUAAAGAAUAUUUUGAUUUUGUUUUUAGCUAUGUUGCAUUAAUUUGAGCUAUGUUAUGUUGCAUUAUUUUGAACUUUGUUGCUUUGAGUUAUUUUGAGCUAUGUUAUGUUGAGUUAUUUUGAGCUCUGUUAUGUUGAGUUAUUUUGAGCUAUGUUAUGUUGAGUUAUUUUUUUUAACUAUGUUAAAGUUAUAUGAGGCUAUCUUAACGUUAUUGAAUUCAAGGAAUAUGUUGAGUUAUUUUGAGCUAUGUUGAGUUUUUUUUGAGCGAUGUUGAGUUAUCUUUACCUAUAUGUUUGUUAUUUUAUUUAAGUUAUUUUAAGGUAUUUACGGUUAUUUUGAGCUAUUUUGAGCUAUUUUGAGUUAUUUUGAGCCACUUUGAGUUAUUUUGAGCCAUUUUGAGUUAUUUAGAGCUUUGUUGAGUUGUUGUCAGCUAUGUUAAAGUUAUUGUAUUUGAGGAAUAUGUUGAGUUAUUUUUAGUUAUGUUAAAGAAUAUUUUGAGUUUUUUGUUAGCCAUGUUGAAUCAUUUUGAGCUAGUUUUUAUAUUUAAGGAAUAUGUUAAGUUAUUUUGAGCUAUGUUGAGUUAUUGUUAGCUAUGUUGAGUUAUUGUUAGCUAUGUUGAGUUAUUUUGAGUAAGAACAGUGGGGGGGUAAAACAUGCUUUGGGCCCAGUUGUAUAAUAUUAUUUAAUGGACUAAUGCUUACUUUUUUCAAAAAAUUUGUUCUUUUGCUGUCUUGAGAUCAACCUCGGUUGUAUCAGUCCACAACGUCUGUAUAUUGCGUUAUGUAUAUUGCCGUUAUAUGUAUAUUGUCAUUAUAUGUAUAUUGUCAUUAUAAUAUGUAUAUUGUCGUUAUGUGCAUAUUGUCAUUAUAAUAUGUAUAUUGUCGUUAUGUAUAUUGUCAUUAUAUGUAUAUUGCCAUUAUGUAUAUUGCUGUUAUAUAUAUUGUCAUUAAUUGUAUAUGUAUAUUUUUGAAUUUAUUUUUACA